AUGACAUCAGUGUUUGAAUCUGUUGGUGAUUAUCACGGCCAGAGUCUCAGAAGAGCGUCCACCACCAAGUCAUGCUAUCAACAGAGGAAUUCUCGCAGAAGGAAUCGGAUCCCUGAUCUCAGGACUUCUUGGUCCAAGUGUUGGAAUGACCACUCACACGGAAAACAUCGGAUGGUUAUGGCUGGCCUCUUCCUCAUCGUUCUCGGACUUCUCACCAAGAUCGGAGCCCUUCUCUCCACUAUUCCUGAUCCGCUUGUCGGUGGAGUUCUCGCUUUUUCAAUGGCAAUGGUAGUCGGAGUUGCAGUUUCGAAUCUCCAAACAGUCGACAUGGCUCUUUCUCGUAAUAUGGGUGUCUUCGGAUUCUCGAUGAUGUUUGGUAUGAUCGUGCCAAAGUAUUUCACAAAGUUCCCAGUGGCAACAGGAUGGUCUUGGGCCAAUGAUAUUCUCAAUGUGUUGCUCCAGAUGCCAAUGUUCGUUGGAGCGCUGUGUGCUUGUAUCCUGGAUAACACUAUUGGAGGUGCAACACGAGAGCAGCGAGGCCUUCGACCACGAGGAGAAAUCUACGAAGGCGGGAUCGAUGAGUGCACAUACAGCUAUCCGAAAUGA